AUGCACUAUUGCUCGCGCUGCGAUCGUACGUCUCUGAUCGCUCCGUAAUUGGCGGGAGUUUCAAAACGAUUCGAAAAAAGUAAAAAAAAAUUUAAAUGUACUUUCGUUUGCUGGCACAAACGUUUACAUUAUUGAAAAAAAAAGUGUGAUCAACAUUCGAAAAACAAAAUGAUUUCCCGCGCAUUUGUUCUUUUAUUUCUUUUUUCUCUGGCUAACGCGUCUUUUGUGAUCGAAGAAGAAUGCCUUAAUUACACAGUGUACCCAGUGCAAUAUGAAUUGACGAUUAUUCCAUACAUAACCGAGUUUUCUCCAUUUUUCGAUUGCCAAAUAAGUAUCAAUGUGAUUGCGAAUGCACCAGGUGUACGAAUGAUAGAACUCGAUGCUAAAGACUUGGAGAUCAAUUUUAGUUCCAUUUAUGUUAUGAAAGGUAACAUCGAUAUAGUAAGCCGUUCUAGACCUUAUGAAUAUGACGUUAAGAAUGGAAAAUUGUACAUUUAUUUGGCCGAGCCUUUGAUUCCAUACAAUAAGAAUAGUAAAAUCAAUCAAAGCUAUCACAUAAAAUUGGUGUAUAGAAAAAAAGUCACAGAAAAAGAUGAAGGGAUAUUUUUGGUCAAAUAUCUUGACGAGAAUCAACAGAGCAAGUAUCUCUUCACGACCCGACUUACCCCUAACAAGGCAAAGUAUUUCUUCCCCUGCUUCGACAACCCUCGGUUCGAAGCAGUCUUCAAGUUCAGGGUAUAUGUCGUCGCCAAGAACAAUGUGUGGCAAUAUACCAAUACCAGUAUCGUCAUUGCCAAUGAGCAUAGGAAAGUUGUAAAUGUUCCAAAAGACGUCAUAAUCGACUAUUCGCCGUCACCCCAGGUGACUCUCAACCAGGUCGGCUUCCACUACUCUCGUUUCACAAACAUUCUGACGUCAUCCAAAAAUGAUAUCUUCAUGGUUUGGGCUCCAGGAUACACGAUACAUCAUUACAACUUCAUAUUGAUGUAUGGACAGAAGCUGAUGGAUCUGAUACAUGAUUACUCUGGAGUGGAGAGACCAAUAUUGAAUGGACCUAUUCAUUUGAUAGCUGUGCCUUCUGACAGAAUAGAUGGCUAUGAAGUGACCAGUUGGAAUCUUCUAACAAAUCGAGCCCAUCGAAUAGCCCACCAAGAAGAAUAUACCAGCAUCAAGCAACUAGAAACGAUGACAUUCGAACUGGCCCAGCAGUUUUGCAGGAUAUGGUUGGGAAACCCUGGGGAACCCCAGAGGACCAGGUGGAGAGAAGAAUGGUUCAAGGAGGGAGUUGCUACGUACCUAGCUUAUUACUUCUUAGCUCAAUACAACAACGGCGUUAGUCAUAUAAACCACAGGCAGCCUCUAGGCUCCUACGGCUUGGAUAUGAAGUUCCGUGCCAUGGCCGUGGACUCUCACAGAUUUACCCCACCACUGGCUAACUUCAACACAAGCCUAGCUGCGGAGAUUCCAGUGAGGUACAAGGAGCUGGUCACGAUGAAGACGGCGUCAAUAUUGUGGAUGAUGGAGAACUGGAUCGGCUCGGAGAAGUUUCAUAACGCAUUGGUGAAAUACAUUAAUAGUAGGAGAGGUAAGUAUAUCUCGCUGCAAGACUUCACGGAAGCAAUGGAUCGGGACACGAUCGAGUGCACGCACCGGUUCUCCAACGGGUCGCGCCUGCUGGCGCGCUGGCCGCGUCGCGCCGCGCCGCCGCUCGUGCUGCUGCGAGUGCUGCGGGAUCGCCCGCUUAACGCCAUUCAACUCACUCAGAGACGCUUCAGUUUUACCGCCGAUCACCGGCAGAACACAGAUUUCCUGAUACCGAUCUCGUACAUAGUGCAGAACAACGAGGACUGUAUCAACUGCUACCAGCCGCGAUUCACAAUCGGCAGCCAGUCGUACACCUUUGGUGAAAACCUAAACAACGGCUGGAUUAUUCUCAACAGGAAUGCUUCAGGGUAUUACCGAGUGAAUUAUGACGAAACUACUUGGAAGCUCAUAGCAAAGACUCUUGAAGAAAAUCAUGAAGCGAUCGAUGAACUCAAUAGAGCACAAAUUGUCAACGAUGUAUUCGCACUGUACGUAGCUGGAGAUAUUAGUCUCCCUCUAGCGAUGGAAAUACUGAACUAUUUGGACAAGGAGCACAAUGCUGUGGUGUGGAAGGCGGCCAUUUCGGGUUUCGACCUGCUGAAGACUGAAGAGAACGGGUGCAACAUGACCAGGCACUUGUACAAAGAAUGGCAGGAGUUCAUGAAACGGAAGAUAGCUCCGACAUACAACAAGCUGUCCAACAGCCACGACUACAACACGAGGUUGUCGCGGAGUUCUGUGGUAAACUUCGCUUGUUUCCUGAAGUAUCAGCCGUGUAUUCAAAACCUGAAGUAUAUGUACGAGCAAUACAGGAGGGGGAACAUGAGAUUAGACCCAGACUUUCGGGAAGCAAUUUACUACAUGCUGCUGCAAGACAACUCAUACUUCGGAGCGAACAGACUCAACGAUUUCGAGGAAGACGACAGGAGACGCGCUGAACAUAGAUUAAAAGAGGAAAACAGAUUCAUAAUGAAGACUCCAGUGGGAGUGCCGCGGCCGAUGCCCAUCAUCAUGUCCACUACCACUGAGUCUACGACAUUGAUAGCGUCUCCGAUAAUGACACAUCAAGCAGGUUCCUCAUCAACACUCAUUCCUUCUCUAUUCAUCGCUGUGCCGCCAUUACUGUUUGCUUUAAGAUAAAGUUGUUAAGAAAUUCUUAGAACAUAUUUGUAAUUUGAUUGCACAAAAAAUAAAUUUUAAGAUGUGAAAAUGGCAAAAGUUAAGUGGAGUGAGUCAUAUUCAUAAAAAAAUUCAACAAAUUUUUUUACCGAUUUAAUAUAAAUUUAUUUAAUAUAAAUGUAUUCUAUUUUAAUAUUAUUUUUAACCACCGACGCCAAAAAGGUGUGUUAUAAGUUUGACCGCUAAGUGUGUCUGUGUACGUGGCACCGUAGCUCAUCAACGGGUGAGCCGAUAUGGAUGGGUUUUUUUUUGAUGGCUAAUUUUUAUGCGGUGAUUCUUAGAUAUGUUCGAUCAAAAUCGGUUUAGCUAUUCAAAAGUUGUAGCGAAAUGAAUAUUGAAUGUGGUGGGUUUUUUAAUUUGUCUAAAAAAUAAACUUGUGUAAUAUUUGACAUUAAAAUAAAUAUACAAAUUUUUUUAUUUAAAUGUACCUAUUUUUUUUUUAAGUUGGAAUUUUUUAUGAAUAAAACGGGAAGUAUACUUGUUGUCGAUUGAGGAUUCGAGGAUCAUUGGAGAAUAUUACGAAAUAUGAAAAAGAUUAUGUAAAUCUUUAAUAAAUCUUGGAGUAAGCACAGAAAGUAACAAUUGAAAGGGAAGUACAUACUUAUUUUUCGAAAUAAUACUAUAGUUAAUAACGUGCUUAUAAUAAAUACUCUUUACCAUUCUUAAACACACUGCCUUUUGUUAAUGUAGUUAAUAUAUACAUUUUGCUAUACAUUUUGAACAUAUGAAAGUUUGUCUGUCUGCCUCGCUUUCACGGCCAAACCGCUGGGCGCAUUUAGAUGAAAUUUGGUUGAUAUUAUAACUACUUAUUUAUUUAUCUACUGAAUAAUUAUUGAGUUGAAAUAAAAGUAAAACACACGAUAUUAUGUAAAAAAAAAUAUUUCAAAGAAAAACAUUUUCAAUGUAUUUAUUAACAUUCCUUGAUUAUUUUUAUAAUGAAAUAUGUAAUGUGUAUAUAUUUUUCGUCUGUAUUUUAGUUAACAAUAAACUAUUAUAGUUAAAUUAAUUUAUUCUUGUUACAUACACAUUAAUUUAUUAAAAGGCUCUUCAUUUUAUUGUUAAAAAAGUAGUUUUAAUGUAAAAAUACAUUUAGUUUAUCGUGUAAUCUAGUCACGUUUAUUUCACUUAUGUAUAAUACAUUUUGGUACAAAUAGUUAUAUACUAAAAUAAGCAAUUAUUUACACUGUCAUAAUACGAUCAAAUUCGAUGUUUAAUUUAAA